AAGAAAGAAAAUCCAGAGCCGCCGUAACGAAGCAGACGAGGGCUCAGGCUCACCCCAGAUCGAAGCAUUGCGCGAGCCAAAAACCUAAUCCCUCGGGGAGAGAGAGAGAGAGAGAAAAUCAAAUCUUUUUGAGGAAGGAAUCAUGGCGCAACCCAUGGAUGGAUCCCACGCGAGCGGGAGCAAGGCGGCGGCGGCGGCGGCGGAAGGGCCGGGCACGCAGAGGACGCAGUAUCCUUAUGUGACUGGUACAUCAAUAAUUGCAUUGAAAUACAAGGACGGUGUCAUCAUGGCAUCUGACACUGGAGCCUCCUAUGGCUCAACUUUGCGGUACAAGAGUGUGGAGCGCAUUAAGGCUGUUGGUAAGCAUAGCCUUAUUGGAGCAAGUGGGGAGUUGAGCGAUUUCCAGGAGAUUUUGCGCUACCUGGAUGAAUUAACCUUAUCGGAUCAUAUGUGGGAUGACGGAAACUCGCUGGGCCCCAAAGAGAUCCAUAGCUACUUGACGAGAGUGAUGUACAACAGGCGCAACAAGUUUGAUCCUCUCUGGAACUCCCUUGUACUUGGUGGAGUGAAAAAGGGUCCAAAGGGUGAAGAGAAAUAUCUUGGCAUGGUCAACAUGAUUGGUACACACUUUGAGGAAAACCACAUUGCCACUGGAUUUGGGAAUCAUAUGGCAAUCCCAAUACUUCGUGCUGAAUGGCGUGAGGAUAUGACCUUUGAAGAAGCUGUUAAGCUUGUUGAGAAGUGCUUGCUUGUCUUGCUGUACCGUGACCGAUCAUCUAUUAACAAAUUCCAGAUUGCGAAGAUCACAACUGAGGGCGCAACCAUCUACCCACCAUACUCAUUGAAGACUUACUGGGGCUUCUCUGCCUUUGAAAACCCAGCCCAGGGUGCUGUAGGAUCAUGGUAGAUUUAUUUAUGCUGCAGACGCUACAUGCCAGGCCAUGAACCAAGAAUGGAGCAGACUCUGUUGCUGAGCCCUUCGUGAAACGUUUUAUGCGAACAUCAUUGAAAGUGAAACUUCAGCUUUGCUUUGUAUAAGAUUAUGAUCGUGCAUUUCUACCUUCUGUGGUCGUUAGGCCUGAAACUAUACUAAAUGUGAUGAAUGUUUGUGUUGUUUCGAUUGCUUGAGAGAACAUGCUGUGCCUGUAGACUGGUAAGAUUACACAUUUACUCAGCUUGACGACUCCGUGUAAUGUUGUUUUUCCUUCAGCAAACUAUGCCAAGUUCUUUUCAUAAACAA